AUGGCUGCAGCCAAGAUGCUAUUCCUCCUCUUCUCAGUGGCCCUUUUGGCCCUGAGUUCAGCUCAAGACACAGAUGAUGAGGCCCUCAAUCAAGAUCUCCUUGAACAAUCUGAUGCUGAAAGUAAUGCACAGAGUUCAGAAUCAAAUGCUUUACCAGGACCAUAUGACCUUCCCCAGGGUGACAAGGGCUUUGGUAAGAGACCAUUCAAACGUCCCAGAAACCCUCAAGAUGGAAAUUAUCCUCCUCCUCCUCCUCCUCCUCCUGAGGGUCAGCAAAGAGGCCCUCCAGGUGGCCCCCGAAGAGAUGCCUCAGGUGACCAACAAAGAGGUUCUCCAGGUGGCCCCCAAAGAGGUCCUCCAGGUGACCAACAAAGAGGUCCUCCAGGUGGCCCCCGAAGAGGUGCCUCAGGUGACCAACAAAGAGGUUCUCCAAGGCGUCAGAAUGGGCCAAGAAAUCAAGAAGAUGUUCAAGAUUUUUAA